AUCAAGAGAUAGGCAGUGCAAAGGAACAGGAUUUGAGACAGCCCAGGGUUUCCUCUUCAAGUAGGUCUAAAACAUUUUUUUUUUUCUCAUUAACUUCCUUCCUGUUCUAACUGCCAGUACUCAGAAGUCAGAGUUGAGAGACAGAGGCACCCCGGACAGAGACGUGAAGCACUGAAUAAAUAGAUCAAAAUGACUGAAAAAGCCCCAGAGCCACAUGUGGAGGAGGAUGACGAUGAUGAGCUGGACAGCAAGCUCAAUUAUAAGCCUCCACCGCAGAAGUCCCUGAAAGAGCUGCAGGAAAUGGACAAAGAUGAUGAGAGUCUAAUUAAGUACAAGAAAACGCUGCUGGGAGAUGGUCCUGUGGUGACAGAUCCGAAAGCCCCCAAUGUCGUUGUCACCCGGCUCACCCUGGUUUGUGAGAGUGCCCCAGGACCAAUCACCAUGGACCUUACUGGAGAUCUGGAAGCCCUCAAAAAGGAAACCAUUGUGUUAAAAGAAGGUUCCGAAUAUAGAGUCAAAAUUCACUUCAAAGUGAACAGGGAUAUUGUGUCAGGCCUGAAAUACGUUCAGCACACCUACAGGACUGGGGUGAAAGUGGAUAAAGCAACAUUUAUGGUUGGCAGCUAUGGACCUCGGCCUGAGGAGUAUGAGUUCCUCACUCCAGUUGAGGAGGCUCCCAAGGGCAUGCUGGCCCGAGGCACGUACCACAACAAGUCCUUCUUCACCGACGAUGACAAGCAAGACCACCUCAGCUGGGAGUGGAACCUGUCGAUUAAGAAGGAGUGGACAGAAUGAAUGCAUCCACCCCUUUCCCCACCCUUGCCACCUGGAAGAAUUCCCUCAGGCGUGUUCAGCACCCUGUCCCUCCUCCCUGUCCACAGCUGGGUCCCUCUUCAACACUGCCACAUUUCCUUAUUGAUGCAUCUUUUCCCACCCUGUCACUCGAUGUGGUCCCUAGAACAAGAGGCUUAAAACCGGGCUUUCACCCAACCUGCUCCCUCUGACCCUCCAUCAGGGCCAGAUCUUCCACGUCUCCAUCUCAAUACACAAUCAUUUAAUAUUUCCCUGUCUUACCCCCAUUCGAGCAACUAGAGGCCAGGAAACGGGCAAAUUAUCACUAACAGGUCUUUGACUCAGGUUCCAGUAGUUCAUUCUAAUGCCUAGAUUCUUUUGUGGUUGUUGCUGGCCCAAUGAGUCCCUAGUCAUAUCCCCUGCCAGAUGGAGUUCUUCUUUUGUGAGAGACACUGUAAACAACACAAGAGAACAAGAAUAAAACAAUAACUGUGUGUGUUCUGACUGAGA